AGUAGGUGGGCAUCUUGUUCGGCGCGGGUUCCCCGAUGUGGAACACAGUUCAGUGAGAUAUUUUUAAGCUUGGAAGAGUAAAAAUUGUUUGUUUUGACAGUGAAAUUCGGAGUUCAUCAAAAUGUUCGGAGUGGCCAAAUUUUGGAUUUGGCCAUUGCUGGUCAUGGCCUCGCUCAAACGAGCCUACACGGCCGACUAUUGUGACUCGAAGAUCUGCUUCGGAGGAGUGCCAAACAUCGGAUGCAACAACGAUGGCAAACUGAGCAAGUCCUGCCCGAAGGAUGCCAAGAUCAUCGAAAUGACGGACGAGCUGAAGAAGUUGAUCCUGGACACUCAUAACAACUACCGUAGCACGUUGGCCACCGGAGGAGUGAAAUGGUUGCCCAAGGCCGCCGCUAUGCCCACUUUGACUUGGGACGAUGACCUGGCCGCCACGGCUCAGAUGAAUGCGAACCGUUGCGAACGAGGACACGACAAGUGUCACAACACACAGGAUUAUCUGAACUCCGGUCAGAACUUGAACUACAUUGCGACCAGUGCCGAUACGAUCGACGUCAAGGAUCAAGUUCCGAAAUUGAUCAGCAGCUGGUGGGAUGAACGUCACGACGUCAACAAGAACAUGGUCAACACCAUGUACGAUCCGGGCAAGAGUGUGAUGGUGUUCCACUUUGCCGUUUUGGGCAGCGAUAAGGUCAACAAGGUUGGAUGCGGUAUUGCUCAGUGGACCAACGAGAACGCCUGGCUGCAGAUGUACUUGGUCUGCAAUUACUCGUUCAACGACUUCAUCGGCAUUCCCAUCUACGUCAAGGGUGCUCCGUGCUCCAAGUGUACGACGGGAUGCAACCCAAAGUAUGCCGGUCUGUGCAAUGAAGACGAACCAGUUCCACAGUUGAUUGAUUACCCGGCUCCGCAGGCAUAAGCAGAAGCAGCCGGACAGAACAGCAUUUUAGUACUAGAACUAGAUUUCCAAGUUAUCAGCAUGCCAAAAAAGAGACCACUGACCCGACACGUGGUAGCAAUGUAAAGAAAUACAGUAAUUUCGGUGAUUGGGAA